AUGAAAGUUAACACAAAACCAUGCCAUCUGAAUCUGGUGGUUGUGUAUGCCCCAACAGCAGGUUCAACAGAAGUAGAGAUCCAGGACUUCUACAGAUUGUUGGAAGACAAUCUGAGGAGCCUGCCCAGAAGGGAGGUCACACUUUUGAUGGGAGAUCUUAAUGCAAAAGUUGGAUCGACAAGACAUGAGGAUCAUCUAAGAGAAGUCGUUGGGAAAUAUGGUCUCGGAGAGAGAAACAAUAGAGGUGAGAUGUGGUUGCAAUUCUGCGCGGAAAACUCUCUAACCAUCAUGAAUACAUGUUUCCAGAACCACCCACGACGGCUAUAUACUUGGGUUAUGCCAGGUGAUCGUGCCAGAAACCAAAUUGAUUAUAUUGCUAUUGCAAAACGAUGGAGGUCCAGUAUAAUUAAUACAAAGACGUACCCCGGAGCUGACUGCGGAAGCGAUCACAAAUUAUUGGUAGCAGUCACGAGUGUAAAGCUCAAGAAAUGCUUGAGAUCCUCAGUCAUACAUCAUGGUCGACCUUCUCCAGAAACACUUAGUACCUUCAAAGAAGUCUUUAGCAAAAAAGUCACAUACGUAAAGUUAAAUAACAGCAUCGAUAUAGAUACAAAGUGGACUACAAUAAAGAACAUUAUUCUCGAUACACGAAAAGAAACCCAACAGCAAAACUAUUGUAGUCCAAGAAAGGCGUGGAUAUCUGAAGAAACGUGGAAGGUGAUUAAUGAAAGAAAGAACCUAUAUAACACCAUGUCAGCGAAAGUUAAACGCUUAUGCCGUAGAGACUAUAAUCAAUAUCUGAACUUGAUAUGUGAAGAUGUUGAGGACCAUGCUAAGACGAUGCACACCAAAGAUCUGUUUCUACGAUUGAAAGCAUCACAAGAGAGCUUAUACCCAAAAGCUGGGCGAUCCAAGAUGGCAAGGGUACAUUACUGA